AUGUUUUCAGUAAUUGGCUUUCUUUAUUACGUAGUUCCACGCGGAUCUUUCUUUUCAUUCCUAUGGCUUUUAUCUGUUCUUUCGACCAACCUUAUCAAACACGUUCGAAUAAGGAAGUGUCAAAUAAUCCCAUUCUUUUGCAGCUCUUCUUUUUUCCUCAUCUUUUUCCUUCUCGAUUUUCUUUUUCUUCCUCUUUCUUCUUUUUUCGCCUCUUUCUUCUUUUUACCUUCUUUUUCUUCUCUUUCCUCUUCUUUCUUCUUUUUUCCUCCUCUUUUUUCUUUUUCCUCCUAUUUCUUCUUUGCCUCCUCUUUCUUCUUUUUCCUCCUUUUUUCCUCCUCUUUUUUCUUUUUCCACCUCUUUUUUCUUUUUGCCUUCUUUUUCCUCCUUUUUUCCUCCUUUUUACCUCCUUUUUCCUCCUCUUUCUUCUUUUUACCUCCUUUUUCUUCUUUUUCCUCCUCUUUCUUCUUUUUCCUCCUCUUUCUUCUUUUUACCUUCUCUUUCCUCCAUUUUCUUCUUUUUCCUCCUCUUUCUUCUUUUUCCUCUUUUUCUUCUUUUUCCUCCUGUUUCUCCUUUUAUACCUCCUUUUCUUCUCUUUCCUCCUCUUUCUUCUUUUUUACCUCCUCUUUCUUCUUUUUUCCUCCUUUUCCUCCUCUUUCUUCUUUUUUUUUUUUUUCUCUUUCCUCCUUUUUUUUCUUUUCCUCCUUUUUUCCUCUUUUUUCUUCUUAUUCCUCCUGUUUCUCCUUUUUACCUCCUUUUCUUCUCUUUCCUCCUCUUUCUUCUUUUUACCUCCUCUUUCUUCUUUUCCUCCUCUUUCUUCUUUUUCCUCCUCUUUCUUCUUUUUUACCUUCUCUUUCCUCCUUUUUUCUUCUUUUCCUCCUCUUUCUUCUUUUCCUCUUUUCUUCUUUUUUCCUCCUGUUUCUCUUUUUUUCCUCCUUUAUCUUCUCUUUUUCCUCCUCUUUCUUCUUUUUACCUCCUCUUUCUUCUUUUUCCUCCUCUUUCUUCUUUUCCUCCUCUUUUUCUUCUUUUUCUUUUCUCUUUCCUCCUUUUUUCUUCUUUUUUUUUCCUCUUUCUUCUUUUUCCUCUUUUUUUUCUUUUUCCUCCUGUUUCUCCUUUUUACCACCUUUUUCUUCUCUUUCCUCAUCUUUCUUCUUUUUACCUCCUCUUUCUUCUUUUUCCUCCUCUUUCUUCUUUUUCCUCCUCUUUCUUCUUUUUACCUUCUCUUUCCUCCUUUUUCUUCUUUUUCCUCCUCUUUCUUCUUUUUCCUCUUUUUCUUCUUUUUCCUCCUGUUUCUCCUUUUUACCUCCUUUUUCUUCUUUUUCCUCCUUUUUCUUCUUUUUCCUCCUCUUUCUUCUUUUACCUCCUCUUUCUUCUUUUUUUGAGAAUUUUUUGUCCUCUUUCUUCUUUUCCUCCUUUUUACCUUCUUUUCCUCCUUUUCUUCUUUUCCUCCUCUUUCUUCUUUUUCCUCCUUUUUACCUUCUUUUUCCUCCUUUUUCUUCUCUUUCCUGCUCUUUCUUCUUUUUCCUCCUCUUUCUUCUUUUUCCUAUUUUUUCCUCCUUUUUCUUCUUUUUCCUCCUCUUUCUUCUUUUUUUUCCUUUUUCUUCUUUUUCCACCUCUUUCUUCUUUUUCCUCCUUUUUCUUCUUUUACCUCCUCUUUCUUCUUUUUCCUCCUUUUUCUUCUUUUACCUCCUCUUUCUUCUUUUUCCUCUUUUUUCCUCCUCUUUCUUCUUUUUCCUCCUUUUUACCUUCUUUUUCCUCCUUUUUCUUCUUUUUCCUCCUCUUUCUUCUUUUUCCUCCUUUUUACCUUCUUUUUCCUCCUUUUUCUUCGCUUUCCUCCUCUUUCUUCUUUUUCCUCCUCUUUCUUCUUUUUCCUCUUUUUUCCUCCUCUUUCUUCUUUUCCUCUUUUUUUCCUUCUUUUUCUUCUUUUCCUCCUCUUUCUUCUUUUUUCCUCCUUUUUUCCUUCUUUUCCCCUUUUUCUUCUCUUUCCUCCUCUUUCUUCUUUUUCCUCCUCUUUCUUCUUUUUCCUCUUUUUUCCUCCUCUUUCUUCUUUUUCCUCUUUUUUCCUCCUCUUUCUUCUUUUUCCUCUUUUUUCCUCCUUUUUCUUCUUUUUCCUCCUCUUUCUUCUUUUCCUCCUUUUUCUUUUUUCCUCCUCUUUCUUCUUUUUCCUCCUUUUCUUCUUUUUUUUCCUCUUUCUUCUUUUCCUCCUUUUUCUUCUUUUACCUCCUCUUUCUUCUUUUUCCUCUUUUUUCCUCCUCUUUCUCCUUUUUACCUCCUUUUCUUCUCUUUCCUCCUCUUUCUUCUUUUUUUACCUCCUCUUUCUUCUUUUCCUCCUCUUUCUUCUUUUCCUCCUCUUUCUUCUUCUUAAAAAACUUUCCUCCUUUUUCUUCUUUUUCCUCCUCUUUCUUCUUUUUCCUCUUUUUCUUCUUUUUCCUCCUACCUCUUUCUUUCUUUUUCCUCCUUUUUUUCUUUUACCUCAUCUUUCUUCUUUUCCUCCUUUUUCUUCUUUUACCUCCUCUUUCUUCUUUUUUCCUCUUUUUUUCCUCCUCUUUCUUCUUUUUUUUUCCUUUUUACCUUCUUUUCCUCCUUUUCUUCUUUUUUCCUCCUCUUUCUUCUUUUCCUCCUUUUUACCUUCUUUUUCCUCCUUUUUCUUCCUUUCCUCCUCUUUCUUCUUUUCCUCCUCUUUCUUCUUUUCCUCUUUUUUUAUCCUCUUUCUUCUUUUCCUCCUCUUUCUUCUUUUUCCUCUUUUUUUUUCCUCCUUUUCUUCUUUUUUCCUCCUCUUUCUUCUUUUCCUCCUUUUUACCUUCUUUUCCUCCUUUUCUUCUCUUUUCCUCCUCUUUCUUCUUUUCCUCCUCUUUCUUCUUUUUCCUCUUUUUUCCUCCUCUUUCAUCUUUUUCCUCUUUUUUCCUCCUCUUUCUUCUUUUUCCUCUUUUUUCCUCCUUUUUCUUCUUUUUUUUCCUUUUUCUUCUUUUUCCUCCUCUUUCUUCUUUUUCCUCCUCUUUCUUCUUUUUCCUCCUUUUUCUUCUUUUACCUCCUCUUUCUUCUUUUUCCUCUUUUUUCCUCCUCUUUCUUCUUUUUCCUCCUUUUUACCUUCUUUUUCUUCUUUUUCCUCCUCUUUCUUCUUUUUCCUCCUUUUUACCUUCUUUUUCCUCCUUUUUCUUCUCAUUCCUCCUCUUUCUUCUUUUUCCUCCUCUUUCUUCUUUUUCCUCUUUUUUCCUCCUCUUUCUUCUUUUUCCUCUUUUUUCCUCCUCUUUCUUCUUUUUCCUCCUUUUUACCUUCUUUUUCCUCCUUUUUCUUCUUUUUCCUCCUCUUUCUUCUUUUUCCUCUUUUUCUUCUUUUUCCUCCUUUUCAUCUUUUUCCUCCUCUUUUCUUCUUUUUCCUCUUUUUUCUUUUUUUCCUCCUGUUUCUCCUUUUUACCUCCUUUUUCUUCUCUUUCCUCCUCUUUCUUCUUUUCCUCUUUUUCUUCUUUUUUCCUCCUCUUUCUUCUUUUUCUCUCUUUUCUUCUUUUCCUCCUCUUUCUUCUUUUUUAAUUUUUUCUUCUUUUCCUCCUCUUUCUUCUUUUUACCUCCUCUUUCUUCUUUUCCUCUUUUUUCCUCCUCUUUCUUCUUUUUUCCUCCUUUUUACCUUUUUUUUUCCUCCUUUUUCUUCUUUUCCUCCUCUUUCUUCUUUUCCUCUUUUCUUCUUUUCCUCCUUUUUCUUCUUUUCCUCCUCUUUCUUCUUUUUUCCUCUUUUCUUCUUUUUCCUCCUGUUUCUCCUUUUUACCUCCUUUUCUUCUCUUUCCUCCUCUUUCUUCUUUUUUUCCUCCUCUUUCUUCUUUUUUCCUCCUUUUUCUUCUUUUCCUCCUCUUUCUUCUUUUACCUCCUCUUACUUCUUUUUCCUCUUUUUUCCUCCUCUUUCUUCUUUUUCCUCCUUUUUACCUUUUUUUUCCUCCUUUUUCUUCUUUUUCCUCCUCUUUCUUCUUUUUCCUCUUUUUCUUCUUUUUCCUCCUUUUUCUUCUUUUUCCUCCUCUUCUUUUUCCUCUUGUUCUUCUUUUUCCUCCUGUUUCUCCUUUUUACCUCCUUUUUCUUCUCUUUCCUCCUCUUUCUUCUUUUUACCUCCUCUUUCUUCUUUUUCCUCCUUUUUCUUCUUUUUCCUCCUCUUUCUUCUUUUACCUCCUCUUUCUACUUUUUCCUCUUUUUUCCUCCUCUUUCUUCUUUUUCCUCCUUUUUACCUUCUUUUUCCUCCUUUUUCUUCUUUUUCCUCCUCUUUCUUCUUUUUACCUCCUCUUUCUUCUUUUUCCUCCUUUUUCUUCUUUGUCCUCCUCUUUCUUCUUUUGCCUCCUCUUUCUUCUUUUUCCUCUUUUUUCCUCCUCUUUCUUCUUUUUCCUCCUUUUUACCUUCUUUUUCCUCCUUUUUCUUCUUUUUCCUCCUCUUUCUCCUCUUUUUCUUCUUUUUCCUCCUCUUUCUUCUUUUUCCUCUUUUUCUUCUUUUUCCUCCUCUUUCUUCUUUUUCCUCCUUUUUCUUAUUUUUCCUCCUCUUUCUUCUUUUAUCUCCUCUUUCUUCUUUUUCCUCCUUUUUCUUCUUUUUCCUCCUCUUUCUUCUUUUACCUCCUCUUUCUUCUUUUUCCUCUUUUUUCCUCCUCUUUCUUCUUUUUCCUCCUUUUUACCUUCUUUUUCCUCUUUUUUUUCUUUUUCCUCCUGUUUCUCUAUUUUACCUCCUUUUUCUUCUCUUUCCUCCUCUUUCUUCUUUUUACCUCCUCUUUCUUCUUUUUACCUCCUCUUUCUUCUUUUUCCUCCUUUUCUUCUUUUCCUCCUCUUUCUUCUUUUUUACCUCCUCUUUCUUCUUUUUCCUCUUUUUUCCUCCUCUUUCUUCUUUUUCCUCCUUUUUACCUUCUUUUUCCUCCUUUUUCUUCUUUUUCCUCCUCUUUCUUCUUUUUCCUCUUUUUCUUCUUUUUCCUCCUCUUUCUUCUUUUUCCUCUUUUUCUUCUUUUUCCUCCUCUUUCUCCUUUUUCCUCCUUUUUCUUAUUUUUCCUCCUCUUUCUUCUUUUACCUCCUCUUUCUUCUUUUUCCUCCUUUUUUUUCUUUUUCCUCCUCUUUCUUCUUUUACCUCCUCUUUCUUCUUUUUCCUCUUUUUUCCUCCUCUUUCUUCUUUUUCCUCCUUUUUACCUUCUUUUCCUCCUUUUCUUCUUUUUCCUCCUCUUUCUUCUUUUUACCUCCUCUUUCUUCUUUUUCCUCUUUUUCUUCUUUUUCCUCCUCUUUCUUCUUUUUCCUCCUCUUUCUUCUUUUUCCUCUUUUUCUUCUUUUUCCUCCUGUUUCUCCUUUUUACCUCCUUUUUCUUCUCUUUCCUCCUCUUUCUUCUUUUUCCUCCUUUUUCUUCUUUUACCUCCUCUUUCUUCUUUUUCCUCUUUUUUCCUCCUCUUUCUUCUUUUUCCUCCUUUUUACCUUCUUUUUCCUCCUUUUUCUUCUUUUUCCUCCUCUUUCUUCUUUUUACCUCCUCUUUCUUUUUUUUCCUCCUCUUUCUUCUUUUUCCUCUUUAUUCUUCUUUUACCUCUUUCUCCUCUCUUCUCCAUUCUCUUCUCUUUAUCAUUCUCUCUUUGCAUGUCAUCAUUACUCUUCCCCCCACCGCACUUUUUUAUUCCAUUUCACUUUAUUUAUUUCUCUCCCUUCCAUUCUUUCUCAGUUCCUCCUCUUUAUCUUCUUGA